GGAAAACACUAGCUUAUCACUUGGAGCAAACACCAUCAAAUACACUAGGCAGGAAAAAGGGAAACCAAGGACAAACUAAUAAGAUUAUAAGUGCAAAAAACAAAGGGCGACCAGAAAAGACUACAAUUACAAACACUAUAAGCAAAAUACUAGCAAUAAAACAUUUGUAGAUUGUAGUCAUGAAUUUCUUUCCAUUCCAUUCUUGGUAUUCUUCAACGGGCCAUAAUCCAGUGUGGACGGAUCGGAGGCACAACCUGACUACAAGAAGGCAAAUAUGACCACUCUACAGUCACCACGUUGUUUGAUUUCUCAUCUUACCUCCUUUAAAAAACACCCUACGCCGUCGUACAGGAAGGCACUUCCCUCUUCACUCCAUCUGCAUAUUCGCCGCCACUCGACUCCCAUGGCCUCCUCUACUGACGCGACAGAGGUUUUGGCCACCGAAACCUCGGAAACAACUUCCGACGUGCUAGUGCAGUACGUAGUGCUCCGACGAGAUCUGAUAGACUCGUGGCCGCUAGGGAGCGUUGUAACACAGGGCUGCCAUGCCUCCGUCGCAGCCAUCUGGUCACACAAAGAUGAUCCUCACACCAUCGACUACUGCAGUCCCACCAAUCUCGAUUCAAUGCAUAAGGUAACGCUUGAGGUGAAAGGAGAAGUACAGUUAAAGAACUUGUCUGAGAAGCUUAAAAGCAAUGACAUUGCUCAUAAGCUAUGGAUUGAACAACCGGAGAACACUCCUACAUGUCUUGCUUGUAAACCCUAUCCCAAAUCAGUUGUUUCCUUGUUCUUCAAAAAGCUGAAACUAUUUGAGAUUUGA